AUUCUAGUAAUGGAGAGUUCGACACAAGCAGAAGACCGCCCGUGGCUGGCCCUUCCCUACCAUUCCAACCGAGGCAAGGAAUGUUCCAUGAGUUUUAAAAGCGUUUCAAGCAACAAAGUUUACGAUCAUGUCCUUGCAUGCGCUGGUCGAAAGAACAUAUGUGGAUCCUCAUCAGGUUUUCUCAUCAUGGUCGAUGAAACUUCAGAGAUUACCAUGAUCGACCCUCUUACCAAUGCUCGGUUUAUACUACCCCCAAUCCUAACUUCAUUGGAGGCUAAACACUCCACCGAUAUUGACUCUGCCAAGAGCCUUGAUGCACGAAAAUACCCUGUUCAUAAAGCUGUACUCUCUUCCCCUCCUGAUUGCAAUCCCUACGACUAUAUUCUCCUGGUUAUAUAUGGAGAGGAACGGGAACUAGCUUACUACAAUGCAUUGAGUCAAAAUUGGAUUAAGAUACAAGAAGCUGGACGUUAUUAUGAUGAUAUUAUCUUUCAUAUGGGAGAAUUUUAUGCUGUGGAUGAGUACGGAAAAGUGAUCCUUUGUCAGCCUGGUUUUCCUCCUAACAUUGACGAAAUUGCAAUGCCAUGGCUUCUUCGAGGAAACAAGAUUUAUCUUGUGGGCAUAGGGAACGAAUUAUGUGUAGUUGUUAGAUUUUUGAAGGAUAACCCUGAUGUGGGCUAUAAAACUUACAAUUUUGAAGUAUACUUGUUGGAGUCCUACGAGGAAAGAAUGCAUAUGGGAAAAAUAGAUAACUGGGUAUUUUUCUUAGGUCAAAACGGGUCAAUGGCACUACCAACUAAAGUUGUCAAGGGACUCAAAGGUAACUGCAUUUACUUCACGGACGACAAUUUGGAAGCAUACAAGUAUGGAGUCAUUGGCGGCCACGAUUUAGGUGUGUUUGACAGGGGAGAAGAGAGGUUCCAGCCAUUACAAUGCUGUCAGCGUAGAAUACAGUCUGCCUGGCCACGACCAGUCUGGUUGACACAAUAGUUAAUGGAUUUUUCUCAUGAAUUGGAACAUAAAAAUUUAGACAAUAGUUUAAUUUUUGUUAACAGCAGACUUGGCUGUUCUUUUAUAAUCAAUUUAUAAAGAAUUUCUGUUUGUUUCAGUUCAUGUGAUCGCCAUCCUAAUCGAUCCCUUUUGUUCAGAUUUUACUGUUAUAUUUGCUUAAUGCUGUCUUCUAUAUUCAGAAGAUAAAUAUGCAACUGUUAAACCAGUCCAUUCUAAUUCUCCUGGGGUUUAUCAUGUCAGCUCAAUUAAAGGUUAUUAAGGUUGUGUGUAACCGCUCACCGUUCCGUUGUUAAGGUUCGGUUGUUAAUCAAUCCCCUAAUAAAACCCUUGGAUAAAUGAGGUACAUACUAGUCAACAACGGUUUGCUUGAAGGAAUGAUCCUAGCCUUUGGUCAACUGCCACAGUUGCCGGUAGACCUCAUAACAAUCGUUGAGUGCCAGGUCAUUACAGAAGGUGAGUUUUACC